CCCGGCAGUAGCAUCCCACUCUUUCCGUUUUACUCAUGACACGUGUGCUCUGUUUCUUCAGGGAUUUUCUUCACUGGUAUACGCCACAAAUCCAGUACAAGAACCCCAACGUCCAGCUGGUGGCCAUGAAGGACAUGAUGCCGUCUCCCUUCAUCAGAUUAUUCCUCGAUGGUGAUGAGGAGGUAAUUGUCGACGCGGAAGGAAAAACAAAAGAAGACAUCCUCUCUCAUCUGACGAAGAUUUUAGGAAAAUCCCAAUCUGUGUUAGCAGCGGAGGAGAAGGAGGCGCAGAUAGUUGAAAACAAAUCGAACUUCGGCGUGGGCUGCGGCCGCUACUGCAUUUGUGAGGUGCCCGGCCAGGUGCCCUGUCCCUCCGUCGUCCCGUUGCCAAAGGCGUGGCGGGGGAAAUACAAAACGGCGACAUGGACGACGACUGACUUGUGCCAGUUGAUUUUCCUGAUUGUCAGUUGA